AUACACACAUACACAUACAUGUAUAUAUAUACAUAUAUAUUUUAGUCGUUCGUUCGAUAAAGACUAUAAAAAAUACCGAUGACCCGGACCGGUUGUUGACUCUUAUCCGUUUUCUUUGUAACAGUAUUUACUUUAUUUUGUUUGCAUUCAGUUAGAGGUGUGUUCUCCAACGUGAAGCUUCCGAUCGAUCUCCUCCGCGUGUGUUUUGUGCGGUGCUGUUACAAGAUUGACCCCUACGGUUAUGUUGAAGCGUGUCGAAUGUAUCAGCAGGACCUAACGUAUUUCAAAGGAUCACCACCUUGGUACUUUGGCUGUGUCGGAUGUAAGGAUUUUGCUGGAUAUAAUAGACGUCUGAGCGAGGCAUGUUAUGCGUCAAAAAACCAACGACGGUGGCUCGCGUGGAAGAUGAUGCGGUUAAGUAGAUAAGAAAAAAGAAAAGAGAGAGAGAGAGUGAGAGAGAGUGAGAGUGAGAGAGGGAGAGAGAGAGUGUGUGAGAGUGUGGGUAAGACGGAGUGAGAGGUAAAGAGAGAAGGAAAAGAAGAAAGGCCUGUCUUCAUCUUAGAAGACACCAGGAGAGACGAGAGGAAUCAUCAACAGCUGAUUCUGAGUGGUGCACGAUGCUCUGCUAUCGCGCUCUUGUCUUUCUUUUUGCUGUCAACGUGCCAAUCGUGACAGGUCUAGAGCCAGACUUCCUUUACCCGCUGCAGAACGUAACGAUUCCGCAGGGUCGAGAUGCUACCUUCACUUGCGUGGUGAAAAACCUCGGUGGAUACCGGGUGAGUCCUUCCUCCUCCACGAGCGGAGAUCACUCUGGCGGCGCCAAGGCCCGGGUAGCGUGGAUCAAGGCGGACACCAAGGCGAUCUUAGCGAUUCACGAACACGUCAUCACUAAUAACGCUCGUCUGUCGGUGACGCACAAUGAUCAGAACACCUGGACGUUGAAUAUACGAGGAGCUAGGAAGGAGGAUGGAGGUGUUUAUAUGUGCCAAGUUAACACGAAUCCAAUGAAGAGUCAGAGCGCCUUCCUCGAAGUGGUAAUACCACCGGACAUCAUAUCGGAGGAAACGUCCAACGAUUUAAUGGUUCCGGAAGGUGGCUCGGCUAAGCUGGUAUGUAAGGCUAGGGGAUAUCCGAAACCAGACAUCGUUUGGAAACGAGAGGAUGGCUCGGAGAUCAUAUCUCGUGCUGGCUUGUCUGGCGGCAAAACGAAAACACCAACGGCGGAAGGUGAGCUCCUAGUUUUAUCUAAAGUAACUAGAAGCGAGAUGGGAGCUUAUCUUUGCAUCGCCAGUAACGGAGUACCGCCAUCGGUUAGCAAAAGAAUAAUGUUGCACGUUCAUUUUCAUCCGAUGGUUCAAGUACCGAACCAACUUGUUGGAGCUCCAACUGGAACUAACGUCACGCUGGUCUGCCACGUAGAAGCAUCACCCAAAGCCAUUAAUUAUUGGACUCGCGAAUCGGGUGAAAUGAUCAUCAGUAACAGCAAGUAUUCGAUGUCGGAGACGAAGACAUCUGCUUAUAGCGUGCAUAUGAGACUAGUUAUCAUGAAUCUUCAAAAGCAAGAUCUUGGUGGUUACAAGUGUAUCUCGAAAAACUCUAUCGGAGACGCCGAGGGUAACAUCCGACUUUACGACUAUAUGAAGAAAACCGAUGGGUCUUCGUCAGUCAGGUACGUUAAUUCUCUAUAACCCACAAUUUUUAUUCAUAAUUAAAAGCAAAUAUAUUAUAUUCAAAUAAAAUAAAGUAUUAAACUUUCUCUCUCUCUCUCUCUCUUUCUCUCUUUCCCAUGGAAAAUUCAUAACAAAAUUUAACUUUCUUUUUUCGAAUCUAAAUGAAGAAUUGAUUGUCUGACGAAGUAAAAACGAUUAAAACGAAACGAAACGAAACGGAAACGAAAGAAAGAAAGAAUGAAAAAUAAAAGAUCGAAUUAACGUAAGUAGAUAUGUGAGCAUGUGACGGAUAAUGUUAUAGAGAGUUAAAAAUAAGAAAAAGAAACGAAAAGAAGAGAAAAGAAAAGAAAAGAAAAGAAAAGAAAAGGUCGAAGGUAACGCUAGAGUGUCUCGAUGGAAAAAUAACGCUCGUCGGGCUUACGCCCGCUGCGGAUAGCAGUUUUAUUUUCACAUAAAAGUGGAAAAAUUUCUCGCGGGAGGAAACGAAGCGUAGAACAUAGCCCGGGCCCGGAUUGAUUGUUUUACUACGUGCGCCCCUCGAAAUGAACCGCGGGACCGAGUUUGCCGGCGGCGGCAGCUCUCUGUUCCUGAAGUCGAGCACAAUUUCGUGGUACUUUAAGAUAAAUUCUUACGAGAAAGGGAGAGAGACACAGAGAGAGAGAGAGAGAGAGCGAGAGAGAGAAAGUAUAAACGAGACGAGAGAAAACUGUACUCACCCUCACCCUCCUCUUUCUCCUCCUCUUUCUCCUUCUCCACCUCCUCCUCCUUUUUUUUAUUGUAAGACAUUUCUUUUCCUAUCAAAAAGUAUCGUUCCAAGGAGUGCCUCGAAUUACGAACGGGUUAUGUUCUUUAUCGAUCUUUGUGUUGGUUGAUCUUUUAAUAUACUGGGUGAAUGAAAUUAUAUCGAUAGAGUAAUAAUGAUAAUCAUGAUAAUAAUAAUAAUAAUAAUAAUAAUAAUAAUAAUAAUAAUAAUAAU